AUGCCAGGCUUCACAUCCUUCUACCUCAAAGGCCGCAUGGCCAACGCCACCGCACCCCAAACCGACUUCGCUUACGACUCCGAACCCGAUUUCGAAACGCUAGCAUCAAAAAAACAUCAUCUCCAGCUACAGAAACGCCUUGCCCGCCAAGUAACAAACAUCUACGGCACCGUCAUGACACGCUCUGACGCCAACCCAACUUUGACUCUGCUGAAAGCCGUGAAGUCGCAUAUCGACGCCCAGGUGGAGGCGUUCCAUGACUUGGGCUUGAUGUCGCUGAUCGAGCGGAAUAAAGCUAUCGAGUUGUUUGUAAGGAAGAGCCAGAGUAUCUACCAGGAUGGGUCGCGCGCGGUGCAGAAGUUUAGGUCUGCGCAGGGGCCUGUUGGGGAUGUUGCGGAGGGGCUUGGGCUGUUGGGUAAAUAUCAGCUUGGGAAGAAUGGGGAGGUGGAGAUGUGGGAUGUGGAGUGUAUUGUAGUGAUUUAUCAGAGGAGGAUUUUGAAGCCGUUGAAGGAGGUGGUUAAGGAGAUUGAGAAGGUGGUAGGGAGGGAGGAGGGGUGGGCGGAUGCGUAG